UAGUAUAUCUAGUGUGAAGGCUAUAGACAAAGUCUUAAUAAAUUUCAUAAUAAUUAAUAAAUAUAUUAAACAGAAAUUGAUAAAUUGAUGAUAUCUGAAUUUUUGGAAUACAUUAAAAAAACGGAAAACACACCAAGUGUUACAAAAUAUGCCGAUUAAUUAAGUGAACUAAAAUUAAAAAAAUACAAAAAUAAAAAGGAUUAAAUAAAUAUGUAACAAAAAAUACACAAAACAAAAAGUGGCAAUAUGAACAAUAAUUGCAAACAGCUUAGUAAGAAGAUUAUAAUUCGCAUAACAAAAACUAAAAAACUAAUCCUAUCAUAAUAAUUUGAUAAGCAGUGAUUAUAAAUAACAAAAAAAGUAAUAAUUAAAUACAAAAAUUAAAAAAAAAAAAAAUAUUGCAGAAAAAGUGCUAAUGAGAAAGAUAAAUAUUUAAAUGUGUAUGACGUUAAUAAAAAGUGAGUGUGAAAUAAUUAAUUGAGAUAUGCAAAAUACAAAAUUAUCUUACAAAAUUAAAAAAAAUAAAAAUUUAAAUUUAUAUAAAACAAAUAUGUGAGAAAUACAUGUUACUUGCACAAAAAAUAUUCAAAAGUUAAUUUAACUAAUAUCAAUAUUAUUAUUGCCAUAUUAAAUAAAUGUAUUAAAUUUCACAUCAACAAGUGUAUUUCUAAGUGUGCGAAAAUAUUGAAUAUAACAAAAUAUGAAAUUUAAAUGUGAACAAAUUUGAGAGUUACUACAAUUUUCCAUGUGAGCAGGCAGUUACAGCAAAAUGCCCGGAAAAUUAAUGUUUUAAAAAACAUUUUAAAUCUAAAAAUUUCAUAAAUCAUAUUUACUGCAAUUAAAUUAAGCCCACUGUUGCAUUAAAAUCGUUUAAAUUCCACACAAAAAUGAAAUUGCGUGAAAAGCACACAGCAAAGCAUAUGUCUUUCGAAAAGACUUUGAUGUGAAGUGCCAAUAUCUGCCACAAUUUGUGCCACCUUGAUGCACUCGCAAAAUUAUCUCGCCAGCGUGUAAGAACACACGAUUGCGGGUGCGAGCACUGACGCUGUAAGUGCAGAAGUGCCAUGUCACGCUAAGCAGUGGCAAUUAUAGCUGUCAACUUGUGUGAAGAGCCAAUAGAAAUGCGAGCUAUGAUAUAAUAAUUCAACAGCGCCAGCAACGCAGACCGGAGUGAGAAGACAGCAGCGAAGAUAGAAUUGUGCAAGCAGAACGCGUCAGCAAAGUGCGAAUUGAAAGUGAAAAAUAAAAUUAAUAAUAGCAAUAUUUUUAGAGCAGUAAAUGAGUCUAAGGAAAUUUGAAAAAUUUAAUGAUAUAUAAUUAUAGUGGAGAAAAUACUAAGCUUUUACAAAAUAAAUUAAACGUAUUUAAAUAGUAAAAGCAACCAAAUUUAUAUAGAGCAUUUGUUUUUUGUGCAAAAUUACAGUAACAAAAAAAGUGCAAAAGAGUGUUAAAAAUUAUGAAAAAUUUAUUUUCUGUGUAUUAAAUCUAUAAAAAAGUCGCUUUGAUUAAGAAAAGCGGAGAAAAUCAAAUACCCCAAAUUUCAGACUGGUUUGGGGUCACUUUGUACAAGUGAAACACCAGUAAUUACAAUUAUAAAGUUAAACUGAAUGAAAACACAUAAAGGUACAUAACAGUUAAUAAAAAAAUAUAAAAAUAAAAUAAAAUACAAAAACCAAUUGCAUUGAACUGGCAACUUUGAAAGUCUAUAAAAUUUGCAUUCAAGUGUGAAAGCUCUCUAAUAUUAUCACAAAGCAAACACUUCAACAUAAAGUGGACUUUAUGAAACGGAUUCUUCUGAAACGGACUUGAAAACCACGGAUUUUGUGUCAGUCCUUAAAAAAUCUUGAGCUCAUGAGAAAUUAAUCACUUAUGCACACCAAAACCUCUGGAAUUGUUAAUAAACAGCUUCGACCGCCAAUAUAUAUACAAAGUACUUUAAAAGCCGUGUAAGAGUUCACACCAGACGCAAAUAUCCGUUAACAAGUUGAAUCAGUCGAGCCGAGCAACGAAACAUAUAAGUCCUACUCGAAGCAGCAAUGUUGCUGAACUCAACGGCACAGUGUUCAACAAGGAGCUAUAAGGCGAGCUGAGUGCUUUUUCGCGUGCGCAAAAUUAGUAAAACGGAAGUUAGCUGCUGGCAUUUGACAUAGCAUAGACGUAGCAAUCAGCUAAAACGCCCAUUCGACCACAAGGGCGGCAUAUGUUUACAAGUUGAAUGGACUUGAGCGCCUUGCAACUUCAAAUGCAUAUUUGGAAACUUCUAUUGAUUGUUACAAAAUUUGUACGCAUUGGUAUUGCCGAUAAAAACGACUCUCCACCGUAUUUCGACAGAUUUCUCUACGAGACUGAAAUUGAUGAGAAUGCCGAUCUACAGACAACUGUACUCACCGUCAAUGCCAAGAAUCACAAUGAUUCCUCGAAUAUUCGAUACCAGAUCACAGGCGGUAACAUAGGCAAUGCCUUUGGCGUACAAAACACAACUGGCGCUAUUUUUGUUGCCAGUCCACUCGACUAUGAAACCAGACCAAGGUACGAACUCCGCUUGGAAGCGUCGCGCAAUCGCAAAACCAACUACACCACCGUCGUCAUCAAUGUACGCGACGUCAACGAUAAUCCACCGUCAUUCGAUCGUCAAACAUAUCGCACACAAAUAACGGAAGAAGAUGAUCGAAAUCUUCCCAAACGUAUACUACAGGUUACUGCCACCGAUGGCGACGUAGAUAGGCCAAUGAGUAUUGUAUAUUUUCUGACCGGCCAGGGUAUCGACCCGGAUAACACAGCAAACAGCAAAUUCGAUAUAAAUCGUACAACGGGCGAUAUUUUUGUACUGAAGCCACUCGAUCGUGAUCAACCGCAUGGUAGGCCACAAUGGCGAUUUACAGUCUUCGCCCAAGAUGAAGGUGGCGAGGGAUUGGUCGGAUAUGCUGACAUUCAGGUGAAUCUGAAGGAUAUCAACGACAAUGCACCUCAAUUCCCGCAAGGAAUUUAUUUUGGUAAUAUAACAGAAAACGGUACCGCCGGAUUGCCAGUUAUGACAAUGUCAGCUGUGGAUUACGACGAUCCCAACGAGGGCACCAACGCCAAACUAAUUUAUUCAAUUGAAAAAAAUGUGAUUGAGGAGGAGACUGGUGCGGCGAUAUUCGAAAUAGAACCAGAGACAGGUGUUAUAAAGACUGCAGUGUGCUGUUUGGAUCGUGAACGCACACCCGACUACUCUAUACAGGUGGUUGCGAUGGACGGCGGCGGAUUGAAAGGCACUGGCACCGCAUCGAUACGAGUUAAGGAUUUGAAUGAUAUGCCGCCGCAGUUCACGAAAGACGAAUGGUUCACCGAAGUGGAUGAAACGAACGGCACUGCCAUUCCCGAAUCGCCAAUACUCACAGUUACCGUGCAAGAUGAGGACGAAACAAACUCAUUUCAGUACAAAGUGGUGCCGAACAGCGGCUUUGGCUCUGAGAAGUUCGCCAUGGUGCGGAAUAGUGAUGGUACUGGUUCCUUGAAAAUCACACAACCGCUCGACUAUGAGGACCCGCUGCAGAGCAGUGGUUUCCGUUUUCGUAUACAAGUCAACGAUAUGGGCGACGAUAGUGACAGUGAUAAGUAUCACGUGGCGUACUCAUGGGUGGUGGUCAAACUGCGCGAUAUCAACGACAACGAACCACACUUUGAGCGCGAUCAUAUCGAAGUUGCCAUCUACGAAGAUACCAAAGUGGGUACAAUACUAGAACAGUUCCGCGCAACGGAUGCGGAUCAGGCGGGCCAUAGCAGAGUAACGUAUCGCAUUGUGCGCGCCUCAAAUAAGAAACGUCAAUUCUCCAUCAGUACGAAAGGUGCCGUCAGCGUUCAAAGGCCAUUAGAUCGGGAAGAAACCGAUCGGCAUUUUGUACAAAUACUAGCUAUCGAUGAUGGUAGUACACCGCGUACAGCGACUGCUACACUGACCGUCAUUGUGAAGGAUGUUAACGACAAUGCGCCAGUUUUCGCGAAAGAUUAUCGGCCGGUAUUGCCGGAGAAUGUAUCGCCGCGUAAAAUUGUGGAAAUAGCAGCGAAAGAUGCCGAUGAUCGAGCACGUGGCAACGGUGGACCCUUCACCUUCCGACUGGAUCCUCUCGCCAGUGAUGUGAUACGUUCGAGCUUCAAAGUGGAACAUGACAGACGCGGCGACAAUGGCAAUGGCAUAGCAAUUGUUUCGUCACUACGUCCCUUUGAUCGGGAACAACAAAAGUCCUACCUCAUACCAAUUGAGAUUAAGGACAACGGAACACCGCCCAUGACGGGCACCAGCACUCUAACUGUCAUUAUUGGCGAUGUGAACGAUAAUAAAAUGCUUCCGGGCAGCAAGGAUGUUGUUGUCUACAAUUACCAAGGACAAUCGCAUGACACGCAAAUAGGACGCGUGUACGUACACGACCUAGAUGAUUGGGACGUUCCGGACAAGAAGUACUAUUGGGAAGCGCAGGAACAUCAACGCUUCAAAUUGGAUACAGACACGGGCAUCGUUAUGAUGCGUGCGGGCACGCGUCGUGGACGCUAUCAACUGCGCUUCAAAGUUUACGAUCGAGAACAGGGGCAGGUGGAUGUUCCGGCGAACAUGACUGUCAUAGUGCGUGAUAUCACACAUGAGGCAGUCCAACAGGCGGGCUCCAUGCGCUUGGCGGGCAUAAGCGAUGAAGACUUCGUGCGUGUGUGGGACUAUACACAACAUAAAUUGCAGCGUUCCAAGCUUGAGCGGUUUCGGGAGAAACUAGCAGAACUGCUGUAUACGGAUCGUGAUUAUGUUGAUAUAUUUAGUGUGCAGCUAAAGUCGGAGCAUCCAUUACUGACGGACGUACACUUUGCUGCACGUUCACCAACUCAGCAGCCAUACUUUAAGGCAGUGCGACUAAAUGGUGUGGUGCUUAUGCAUCGCGAAGAGAUUGAGAAGGAGGUGGGCAUUAACAUCACUAUGGUCGGCAUUGAUGAGUGUUUGUAUGAGCGACGACACUGUGAAGGUUCCUGUACAAAUCACGUUGAAAUACACAAUCGUACGCCAUACACGGUAAGUAUCAAUAAAACAGCGCUGGUUGGAGUGCGUCUUAACACGAGCGCUGAAUGUGUUUGCAAGGCGCGCACCUUCAGUCGUGAGGAGACUUGCCGGACACAUCAUUGCUACAACGGUGGUCGUUGCGUCGAUACGCGCAGUGGGCCGAGAUGUGUUGCCUGUCCAGUGGGCUACAAUGGGCCCCGUUGUCAGCAAACGACACGCAGUUUUCGAGGCAACGGCUGGGCUUGGUAUCCGGCACUGCAAGUGUGCGAGCAAUCACACCUUAGUCUCGAAUUCAUUACAAAAGAAGCGGACGGUCUUAUACUAUACAAUGGACCAAUAGUACCACCCAAACAGGACGAAUACCUGCUGCGCGAUUUCAUUUCCAUUGAGCUGGAACAGGGCUACCCACGUUUACUCAUCGACUUUGGUUCUGGCACUUUAGAGUUGAGAGUGAAAACGAAAAAGACGCUAGACGAUGGUGUUUGGCAUCGUUUAGAUGUGUUUUGGGAUAGUGAAAAUGUGCGUAUGGUGAUAGAUUUCUGUCGCAGUGCCGAAGUGUUUGAAAUGGAGGAUGGGUCAGCGCCCGAGUUCGAUGACAAUUCCUGCCAGGCACGUGGCCAAAUACCCCCCUUUAGUGAAGCACUGAAUUUAAAUGUACCACUGCAACUAGGUGGCAUCUAUCGGCAGCAUUUCGAUCAAACACUCUAUCACUGGCAGUAUGCGUUUACGUCGAAAGGCUUUGACGGCUGCAUACGUAAUCUUAUACACAAUUCAGAACACUACGAUCUAGCAUUCCCCGCACUGGCGCGCAAUAGCUAUCCUGCAUGCCCGCAAACAGACGAAGUUUGUUUGAAAACCGAACACACAGCUCGUUGUUGGGAACAAGGCAAUUGUGUUGCCAGUCUAGUGCAAGCCAAAUGCUACUGUCGACCCGGCUGGACGGGUCCCACCUGCAACUUACCCACCAUACCUACCACAUUCAAACCGCAGAGUUAUGUCAAAUUUGCGCUGAGCUUUGAACCGGAUCGCUUCAGCACGCAGCUGCAAUUGCGAUUCCGUACACGCGAGCAACAGGGCGAACUAUUUAGAGUUAGCGAUCAGCAUCAACGUGAAUAUGCUAUACUCGAACUCAAUCGCGGUCACCUGCAGCUGCGGUUCAACUUAAAUUCGAUGCGCGCCGAGGAAAAACGAUUACAAUUGAAUGACAUCGCUGUCAACGAUGGUCAGUGGCAUGUGGUGCGUGUUAAUCGGUACGGGUCGGCGGCUUUACUGGAGUUGGAUGGUGGUGAGGGUCGGCGUUACAACGAAACUUAUAAUUUUGUCGGUCAUCAAUGGCUUUCCAUUGACAAGCAGGAGGGCGUGUAUGCGGGCGGCAAAGCGGAAUAUACCGGCGUAAAAACGUUUGAAGUGCAAUCAGAUUUUCAAAGAAGUUGCCUGGACGAUAUUAGAUUGGAUGGCAAACACUUGCCACUGCCACCUUCGAUGAAUGGCACACAAUGGGGUCAGGCGACGAUGGCGCGCAAUCUGGAGCGUAACUGUCCAUCAAAUCGACCAUGUUCAAACGUAAUCUGUCCGGAUCCAUUUGAUUGUGUCGACCUAUGGAAUGAGUACGAAUGCACCUGCAGUGAGGGCCGUAUCAUGUCCGCUGAUACGAAGGGCUGCGUCGACCGAAACGAAUGCCUCGACUUGCCUUGCCUGAAUGGAGCGACAUGUAUAAAUCUCGAACCGCGUCUCCGUUACCGCUGCAUCUGUUCCGAAGGUUACUGGGGCGAAAACUGUGAGUUGGUGCAAGAAAGUCAACGCCUCAAGCUGAGUGUGGGAGCUCUGGGAGCGAUUUUCAUAUGUCUCGUUAUUAUACUAUUACUUUCUCUACUGUUCGUGCUGUAUAACCGCAAACGCAAGACAACGAAGAAGAAACGUGCCGGCCCGGAAAAGGAUGUACGUGAGACUGUUAUCAGUUAUGACGACGAAGGCGGCGGCGAAGACGACAUGACAGCAUUCGAUAUAACACCACUGCAAAUACCCAUCGGCGCCGGCGGUAAUAUGCCACCAGAUAUUGCCACCUGCAAGAUGCCAAUAAUAUAUCCCGUUAUGACACUGUUGCCCGGCCAAGAAGUGAAUGUCGGCUUUCUGAUGGAGGAGCGCAAGAAACGCUUCGACAAGGAUCCGAACGCGCCACCAUUCGACGACCUGCGCAACUUUACCUUCGAGGGCAGCGGUAGCAUAGCCGAGUCGCUGAGCUCCUUGGCCUCAGGUGCGUACCGGCACACUCCGACCACCGUCGCCACCACUUCUUUCAUGCACUGCACCGAUGAUGAGAAUCAAGACUACAACUAUUUGACGAACUGGGGGCCGCGAUUCAAUGCACUCGCCGCCAUGUACGUGCAUCACGACCGUACGAAGCUGACGCGCGUAGUGGCGACAAACGAAGUGGCUAUAACUUCAGCUGCUGCAGCGGCCGUAAAGGGAAGUACAACGGCCAAUAUUUUGGGCGUACCGACGGGGACGGGAAUCGUUAGCAGUGCAGGUAUGUUGACAAAAACGACAGCCGCCGUAAUUGAAGAAGAAGAUGAGGAUGAGGAAGACGAAGAUGAGGAGGAGGGCAAUGUGGCGUUAUAAAAUUAGGCAAUGCAACUGACAACCGAAGAUCGUGUGCAAUGCGUUCGUAAAAGUCGCAACUACUAGCAGGCAAACACAUGAAACGUUGCACUGGAUUUAAAAGCAACAAAAUAUGUCUUUGCUGGUAAAAGCUAGUGGGCGCCUUCGCAGCGCCUUACGGUAAAGUACGAGCAUGUGCUCGUUCCAAUGUGUUGGCUAUGAAACGAAUGGGGUAAUUAAGGUCAAAGCAAAGGAAAUGCAUACAGCUACAUCGUUUGUCAACGUAUGAGUGAAGUUUCGGCUUGUGCUCAUUAGCAACAGCAUAACAAGCAGGCAAUCAAAGAAACUGAAAGCGAAAACUCUUAAAAAAUAUUUGUAAGGAAUUUAAAAUACAUUUGAGAGGAAAAUAUUCCCGUUGGCAGACGAUUCUGCGUUUCACAAGCGCUUAAGGCAACUUUAAGACUUUUCAAUAUUUCUUCGCUUUGUUUGACUUGAAAAAAGACACUUCAUUCGAAGCACGACUGAGAAUGAUAUUAAAAAACGAUAAAUCCCCGUUAGUUAUGUGCUGUCAAAAACAACAAAUGUGGUUACUUUGUAUAAUCAGCGAAGCAAAGGAGAGCCACACAGAAAUGCCAACUCAAUUGUAAAAUAGUUUGUAAAUAUUUUGAUUAAAAACCAAACGACUAAUAAUAAUAA